CUCCUCGAGCUCAGUCAGUCAGUCAGCAGAGCGGAGGAGCCGUUAGACCGUCAGACCGUCAGACCGUCGGUACCGCGUCUGUCUCUGUGUUUUAACGGAAACUCCUCCGUUAAUUAUGUCCGGUUAACGGUUUUAUUCGGUAGUUUGGAGAAGCGAGAGAUAUUAAAUCCUGGAGAAAUGGAGGCUGUGAGUAAGAUGAGCCCGCAACAAGUAGUGGACUGGAUGAGAGGUCUGGACGACAGCCUGCAGCAGUACAUCCCGUCCUUCCAGCGGCAGCAGGUGGACGGGGAGAAGCUGCUCAGGAUGUCCCACCAGGAGCUGCUGUCUCUGGGCGUGUCGCGGGUCGGACACCAGGAGCUGGUGCUGGAGGCCGUGGAUCUGCUCUGUGCACUGAACUACGGCGUGGAGAAGGACAACCUGAAGACUCUGGUGGGGAAGAUGAGAGCGGCGCACCACAACCUCAACAGCUCGGUGUCGCAGCGCAGGAAGAACCCCGCCUACCACAAUAAAAUCUCCCAUCAGCCCUCCAACGAGUUCCUGACCGCCGUGGUCGAGCUGAUCGGAGCCGCCAAGAGUAUGCUGGCCUGGCUGGACAGGACUCCUCUGACGAGCGCCAACGACUUCACCUCCACCAAAAGCAGAAUCAUCCAGCUGUGCCUGGAGCUCACCUCCACCGUCCAGAAGGACUGCACUGUUUAUGAGAUCGAGGAGAAGAUUCUGGAAGUGUCCCGAGCUCUGACGGGCGUCUGCGAGAACACGGUCCAGGCGACCUCUGACCCCUCAAAGAGCGAGCUGUCCUGUCUGGAGGAGGUGCACAUCACCAACGUGAAGCCUGGGGAGGGACUGGGUAUUUACAUCAAGUCCACCUACGACGGGCUUCACGUCAUCACAGGAACUACAGAGAAUUCUCCUGCAGAUAAAACUCAGAGGAUUCACGCUGGAGACGAAGUCGUUCAGGUCAACCAACAGACCGUGGUGGGCUGGCAGUUGAAGCAUCUGGUGGAGAAGCUGAGGGCGGAGUCUGGUGGCGUCGUCCUGGUGGUGAAGAAGAGGCCGUCCGGAAUGACCGCUGGCUUCGCGCCCGCUCCGCUGAAGAACCUGCGCUGGAGGCCGCCGCUCAUACAGACGUCUCAGGGAGCUCCGGGUCUCUACAGAUCUCGACAGCCAGAAACCUCCGACGCUCCUGGCAAGAGAGUCUUGGAUUUGUACGUCCCUCCACCGCCUGCAGCACCUUACAUACCGCUAGACGGGAACAUCAACGCGUCUUCGGGAGUGAAAAUGAGGCCGAAGUCUCCAAACUCGUGUCUGGACGCAGACGUGCGGCGACGCUCCACUUUUACAGACGACAACAGGACGUCCAUCAACGCCCCCCCACCUGACCCCCAGCAAUCAAUCCCUGUGUCCCUUAGACAGAGAUCAUCUACACGCUGUAAACCUCGACCUGUCUCCAUGCCGGUGGAGUCGUUCUCAGUGGACCCGUCCUCCAGACCCGGGGCAAAGGGGAGGAAAGGUCAGGACAUCCUGCACAGAUAUCUGAGUAACGAGGGAAUCAGCACCAUCACGGAGGAGGAGCCGUGUUUCCCUCUGCCGUACCGAGGACACCCGUCUGUCCGCGGCGUCGACCACAUCAGAGGCAGCCAGUGCUUCAUCAACGCCAACCUGCACAACAGCGCCACCAUCCCUUACCAGGAAGCAGCGUCCAAGAAGCCUGCCGCCUCCUCCUCCUCUGCCGCCGUUUCUCCUCCUAUGCCUGUAACGAAACCGUCGACGUCGUUGCUCGGAGGCUGGCUGGCUCGUCUCCGGCUGCUCAGCCACCGAUUCAACCUCUUGGGCUGCUCCAUGAACAAUGUUGGCGCCAACCCCCAACUACCAUUCCUCACGUCAACCCCUGUCAAAAGGCCACGCAUUGAGCACAGCAGCACCUUUGAAUCCAGCACAAAGGAACCAACAGAGGAGCCUCCAGGACCUGGUCUCUGGCUGUGCACAGUUGACCCAGAGAGGCUGGGGGGCAGCCAGUCUCAGAGCCGGACCCACGGGGGGCUUAGCGAACGGGACGCCCAGUCAGCAGCUUCCUCCUCUGCUGAGCGUCAAUCUGCUGCAAACCAACACACCGAACGGCUGGACGUCCAGACUGCUGCAGGAUCGACCGCAGCCAUGAGUCGGCGGCGGGUCUCGGUCAAAGAUCUUGGCGUGGUGGACUGUCAGGGCUGGCUGCUCCGCAGGAAGGAGGGACGCAGCUUCCUGGGAAGCAAAUGGAAGAGAUACUGGUUCGUCCUGACGAAGAGUUCUCUGUACUGGUACACCGACAAGAUGGCGGUGAAAGCUGAAGGAUUCAUCAACUUGUCCGGUUUCACCAUCGAACCGGCCAAACAGAGCAAGAAGAAACAUGCCAUAACAGCCAGUCAUCCUCUGGUUGUGACUAUCUUCAUCGCUGCAGAGAGCUUCACAGACAUGAACAAGUGGAUCAGUCAGCUGUCAACAGCAGCAGAGCCGUGUGAACCCAUCAACACGGAAGAGUGCUACAGCGAGGGCAGCGAUCAGGACGCUGACGAGAGCGUGUCCACUUCCUGUUCUCUGAACUCUGACCAGGAAACAGCCGAUUCUGAAAAUGGAGAAGUCCUUCAGCCUCUCGGCGAGCCGUCGACCUGCACCGACCCCACACCGACCGGUGAGGACAGAAGAGGAAUAAGCACCUCGGAGGGUGGGACGUUGAGUAGAGACAGAAGAAGAGGAAGAAGAAAAGAGUCAGACGGAGACAGUGAACGCCUGUCCUGGCUGGACAUCCCCGAGGAUGGAGCUGGAGGAGGAGGAGGAGUGUCCGUCCCUCUGCUGCACGUCGGCGAGGAAAGAGAAGAAGAGGAGGUCGUCCACGAGAAGCCACCUGAUGAGAUGGAGUGCCUCUACAACCGCCUGAAGGCAGCCAGCUUGUCUCCGAUUGGACGGUCCAGUCGGAGGGACUUCAGAGCGUCGUUCGUCAGACGAUGUCACAACGACGGAGUCAACGAGAAGCUUCACCUGCUCCGGAUCCUCGGCAGCACGCUGAAGGCCAAAGAGUCGGAGCUGCUGGCGUUGGAGCAGAUCCUGACCGACCCGUCUCUCGCGGCGCCCACAUACAGGAAGUGGAGACUCUCCAACGGCGUCCUGCUGCAGGAGAUCGCUGAACGUAACCAGGCAGCAGGAGGCGCCGCGGAGCUGAGACCUCCGGAUGCUCUCACGCCGUUAACACCAAGUUGAACUCUGUUUCACAUUUUACAUGUUUCCAGAUGUUUCCUUCACGUCACAAUGUGACCGAGCCGGUAACUAACUGGUGGAGCUCACUGGGUGAACUGGGACCAGUUAACACUGUUAAACAUGUUUCAAGUUAUAUUUUACUAUAAUGUGAUUUCCAUCCAGACAGUAGCGGAGGAGAGUAACUAAGUACAUUUACUCAAGUAUUGUUUUGUAAGUAGACGUACAGUGGGGCAUUACUGUUGCUCUUAUAUAAACAUAAAUAAAGGACAUGUAACAUGUAAAUUAUGUACAUAAUACUGCAAUAUAAACACAAUAUAUGUAACAAAAUAUAAGUAAGUAAUAAAAUU